AGCAUGGAAUUUGCUUCUAUUUACAUCAUCUGAAUGGCUCAUGUUCUUGCAGCGAAGAUAUGUCCUCCUUCCAUCUCCAAACUACUACCUGGUAACAAAAGUAGAUGGAAAUUUGGGUGUCAUGCAGUGCUACCAUCUCAAGAAGGUUCCUCGAGUCAUCGUCGAGUUAUGCUGUGUAAAAGUUUGGUGGUUGCUGUUCUGAGCUUGGACUGCAGGUUAACUCCAUUGCCGGUGCUGGCUGAAUAUAAAUCAAAUGAGGAGAAGGAAGAGGAUGAGGGGGUUGUAGGGGCCAUUAAAUCGUUGUUUGAUCCUAAUGAGAAAACAAGGUCUGGAAAAGUGUUGCCAAAGGCUUACUUGAGGUCAGCUAGAGAAGUUGUGAAAACUCUGCGGGAAUCGUUGAAGGAAGAUCCUAAGGACAUUGCCAAGUUUAGGAGAACAGCAGAUGCUGCAAAGGAAUCGAUUCGGGAGUAUUUGAGUAAUUGGAAGGGGCAAGAAAUGGUAGCCAGUGAGGAAUCAUAUGUUGUGUUGGAGAAAGCAAUCAGAUCCUUGGCCAGUUUCUAUUCGAAAGCAGGGCCCUCUGCUCCACUUCCAGACGAGGUGAAGUCUGAAAUAUUGAACGAUUUAAACACAGCUGAAGAAUUUUUGUAAAGUCAUUAUAACCUUGCCAAGGCAGAGUUGUGAGCAUGCUAUCAUUUAAUAGCAAUGCUGAAAAUCUUGAA